GGAAGUUUAAAUGGGAGUUGUUUAUCUAAAGACGUGAAAAUAGAAAUUAAAAGAGAAAUAGUGUGAAGCAGUGAUAUUUUAGUUUGAAAUUGUGAAUUUUGGUAAAAGCAGUUUAAAAUUGACAUGGCAGGGAGUAAGAUUUUGUUGAUCGGUGGCACUGGAUACAUCGGAAAGUUCAUUGUGGAAGCGAGCGUCAAAGCUGGCCACCCAACCUACGUUUUGACCCGAGAGUCAACUCUUUCCAACUCUGCUAAAUCUUCCAUCAUCCACAAAUUCAAUGACUUGUCUGUUAAUCUUGUUAUUGGGGAUCUAUAUGAUCAUCAAAGUUUGGUGAAUGCUAUAAAACAGGUCGAUGUGGUCAUUUCUACUGUGGCUCGCUCCCUGCUGGCUGAUCAAGAUAACAUUAUUUCUGCCAUCAAACAAGCAGGAAAUGUUAAGAGGUUCUUUCCUUCUGAAUUUGGAAAUGAUGUGGACCGAAGUAAUGCAGUUGAACCGGCAAAGAGUGCAUAUGCCACUAAAGCCAGAAUUCGCCGCACCAUUGAAGCUGAAGGAAUUCCUUACACUUAUGUGUCAAGCAACUUCUUUGCUGCUUACUUCCUACCCUCUUUGUCACAGCCUGGUGGAGCUACAUCUCCCCCAAGAGAUAAAGUUGUUAUCCUUGGAGAUGGAAAUCCCAAAGCUGUUUUUAACAAGGAAGAGGAUAUUGCUACUUAUAUAAUCAAAGCAGUUGAUGAUCCAAGAACAUUGAACAAAAUUCUCUACAUUAGACCUUCAGCUAAUGCUUUGUCUUUUAAUGAUCUGGUAUCUCUCUGGGAGAAUAAGAUUGGUAAAACUCUUGAAAGAAUCUAUGUCCCAGAGGAACAGCUUAUAAAGCAAAUUCAAGAGUCCUCACCUCCCUUAAAUAUGAUCCUGUCAAUUGCUCACUGUGUGUAUGUAAAAGGGGAUCAUACUAACUUUGAAAUUGAGCCAUCAUUUGGAGUAGAAGCUACAACUCUCUAUCCUGAUGUGAAAUACACUACUGUAGAUGAGUUCCUCAAUCAGUUUCUCUGAGAUGCAAACCAUGAUGUGUUUUAUCCUUUUGGUAAAACUGCACUGUCUAAAAUAAAUCAUGUAGUAGUUGCAGCCCCAACUUGCUGGGUUGUGAAUGAAGAAACCUAUGCUAUGCUAUGUUUUAUUAUGAUAAAUUCAGCUAGUUUACAAUAAAUUUCAACCAAUAAGAAAUAGUAUUUUUUAACAUAA